AUGCGACCUGUGCCAACCUCCCGCCUCCGUCCUGCCUAUCCUUCUCGUCGCCACCACUCCUACAAACCCACGACCUCCAGAGAUUUCUCUAUCUCGAGCUCGAAAACCGCUUGGCUGCUCAUUUUCUUGGUCCCCGUUCUCGUCGCUCUUUGCCUCCAGGACGCACGACGCAAGCAGGCUACCGCCAUGUCGCAUCAGGAGCAGGGCCUGAUGCCGCUGCACAUGGUGCAGAAGCCGCCAUUCACCGUCGAGGUAUCGGGCUGCCAGCCCGUCAAGGGCGAGACCAUUCCGCGCCGCCACCCCAAGGCCCAGAAUGGCCUGCUCAAGUACCCUGCCGAGGGCGUCGACACCGUCUACAACCUCCUCAAGCGCAGCGCCAAGGUCUACCCCGACGAGCCUGCUAUGGGCAGCAGGAGGCUGAUCAAGACGCACAAGGAGAUGAAGAAGGUCACCAAGGUGGUCGACGGCGAGACCACCCAAGUCGACAAGGAGUGGACCUAUUUCGAGCUCUCCAAGUAUUCCUAUAUGACCUACUCUCAGUACUGGGAGCUCAUCCAAAAGCUCGGCGCCGGCCUGCGCAAACUCGGCCUCUCUAAAGACGACAGGCUUCACAUUUUUGCAACAACAAGUGCGCAAUGGCUGGGUAUGUCCCAUGCUUGCGUCUCGCAGAGCAUGACCAUCGUGACGGCAUACGACACGCUCGGCGAGGAAGGUGUCGAGCAUUCUCUCCUCCAGUCCAAAGCUACGGCCAUGUUUACCGAUCCCCAUCUCCUCAAGACGACCAUCAACCCCCUCAAGAAGUCAGCUGUCAAGUUUGUGAUAUACAACGACCUGAGCAACCAGGGUGUUUCGGAGAAGCAAGUCCAAGAUUUUAAGGACUCUCACGCACACAUCAAGGUCAUCAGCUUCUCAGAACUCGAACGCCUAGGCGAGGAAUCACCAGUGGACCCGACCCCUCCUACACCCGAAGACCUCUUCUGUAUCAUGUACACCUCUGGAAGCACUGGCAAGCCGAAGGGCGUACCGAUCUCGCACGCCAGCUUCAUCGCCUCUGUCGCGGGCCUGCACGCGGUCGUUGCCGAGACCGUGUCGCACCGUGACUAUGUCCUGGCCUACCUUCCUCUAGCUCAUAUCUUCGAGAUGGCGCUCGAGCACAUUGCGCUCUUUAUUGGGGGCACGCUUGGCUACGGGUCCCCUCGGACGUUGGCGGACACUUCUAUGCGCAACUGCGCCGGAGACAUGCGGGAGUUCCGCCCUACCAUCAUGGUCGGCGUCCCGCAGAUCUGGGAGACGGUCAAGAAGGGUGUCGCGGGGAGGGUCGACAAGUCUGGCGCCUUGAUAAAAUCGGUGUUCUGGGGCAUAUAUCACCUGAAGUCUUUCCUGGUCGACUGGAACCUCCCAGGACAGACUGCGUUCGACUUUGUCUUCAACCAGGUCCGCGCUAUGACCGGCGGCCGGCUCCGAUUCAUCUUCAACGGCGCCAGCGGGAUCGCGGACGGCACACUGCACUUCAUGAGCAUGGUCGUCGCGCCCAUGAUCCAGGGCUACGCUCUGACCGAGACGUGCGCGAGCGGCGCGCUGGGCACCCCGCUGCAGUGGACGGGCACCGCCAUCGGCCCCGUCCCCGCGGCCGUCGAGGUCAAGCUCGUCUCCCUGCCCGAGCUUAACUACUCGGCCGAGAGCGAGCCGCCGCAGGGGGAGAUCCUCAUCCGCGGCAACGCCGUCAUGACCGAGUACUACGAGGACCCCGAGGAGACCAGGAAGGCCCUCACCCCGGACGGCUGGUUCAAGACGGGCGAUAUCGGCGAGUUCGACAGGAACGGCCACGUCCGGGUCAUCGACCGCGUCAAGAACCUCGUCAAGCUGCAAGGGGGCGAGUACAUCGCGCUCGAGCGCCUCGAGGCCAUCUACAAGAGCGCCGACGCGGUGCAGAACAUCAUGGUCUACGGCGACAGCUCGCACGCCCGGCCCAUCGCCAUCAUCUGCCCCGCCGAGAAGGCGCUGGCCGAGACGGCGGCGCGGCUCGGCGUCGACGAGCACCGCAUGCACGGCGACCCCAAGGUCAGGCAGGCCGUGCUCAAGGACCUGCUGGCCGUGGGCCGUAAGGCGGGCCUGUCCGGCAUGGAGAUGGUGACGGGCGUCGUGCUCGUCGAUGAGGAGUGGACGCCUGCGAAUGGAAUGGUCACGGCGACCCAAAAGGUGAACCGCCGGGCGAUCAGGGAGAAGUUCAAGAAGGAGAUUGACGAGUGCUUUGGAUCCGACUAA